CGCGGUCACACUGGUCGUCGUGCGUGCUGAGCGCGAUAAGUAGAAAAACAAUUUUCUCUGCUUUGUUGUAGAAUAUAGUUAAUAUCAAUAUAAGUGCGCUGUUAUUUUGCGUGCGUACAUAUAUGGAAUCAAUGCGCCAUCGUUAGCAGGCAGCGCUGUCCAGCGAAAGUUGGAGAGUGAAAAUAAAUAUAGCGAAAUCAUAUUACGAAAAUGCAACAAAAUUAAAAAUAAUAAAGGAAAACUCGACAAACAGCUGCAAAAAAAAAAAACAACAACAACAAAAACAGACAAACAGCCGCCAGAGAAGCCAGAACUAGAUCAAACCCAAUUAAAUCAUCUUUAAUUCGUGCAGUGCAGUGCAGUGUGUGCUCUGGAAUAAUUCCGAACAGAGUGCAGUGCAAGUUUUUCGCGAGAACAUUUAAAAAUAGCCACCACUACCGCUGUCGCGAGGGCAGUUCCACCCCCGAUUCUGGGGAGGUGUAGGAGGAGGAUCACCACCAAUUUUUAACCCACCAGCAGAGCCAGCGCAGGAAACAACCCACCCUAUGGAUGACCCAUCAAUCAAGAAACGGUUAAUUGAUUUGUGCACCGACGAACAUGAUUACGAUGAAGUUCAGGAGCUGCCGGAAGAGACAAGCAUUCAGCAGCAGCAGCAGCAGCCCUCGGAGUCAUCAGCAAUUGCCACAACAAGCACCACGAACGGUGGUAGCAGCAGCAGCAGCAGCAGCACGACAGCGGGAAAGGGAACUGGAACUGGCACUGCCACUGGAACAGUUGUGCCAUCUGUGGCUGCGUCAACGCCAGCAGCAGCAGUUGUUGUUGCGGAUUCAGUGCCAGAGCUGCCAUCGCCCAAGCAAAAAUCUGUGAAGAAUUCCAAAAACAAACAGAAGCAGAAGCAGUUGGCGAACAAAUCAAAAAUACCCCGAUCCCCAUCGUUGGCAAGCAGCCUGAGCAGUCUGGCCAGCAGUUUCAGCAGCCACAGAGACAAAGGAUAAGGACAAAAGGACAAGGAUAAGGAUAAGGAUAGGGAGAGUCAGAGCAGUUCCGUGCCACCACAGACACCGCCAUUGCCAGCCGGCUAUCAGCAGGCGAAUAAACAGAGCCAAAUGAAUGGUGAAGCCCCUGCUGGUGGCGGCGCAGCACCAGCCCCAGCCACACCCACAACCCACAGUAAUAAUCAUAACAAUAAUAACGUAGGAAACAUGAGCGGGGAUACUCCGCUGCUUGGGCCUGCGGAUCGCAGUAGCCUCAACCUGGCGACACCCCAGACACCGACAACGGGCGAGGGCACAACGCCAGCGACGACGCCGACGACGCCCAGCUUGGCAAUACCAAAAAAUUUUCAGUAUUUAACCCUGACAGUGCGUAAGGAUGAGAAUGGAUACGGCAUGAAGGUUUCCGGCGACAAUCCAGUGUUUGUGGAGAGCGUUAAGCCUGACGGAGCAGCCCAAGUGGCUGGUCUCGUCGCUGGCGAUAUGAUACUGAAGGUGAACGGACAGGAAGUGCGCCUGGAGAAGCAUCCCACGGUCGUGAGCCUGAUUAAAGCUUCAACCAUUGUGGAGUUGGCCGUGAAGCGGCAGAAGAUGACGCGUCCAGCGUCCGUUGGUGUGGUGAGCACGCCCAUGACACCGAUUCUAUCGGGAAGAGAUCGCACAGCAUCCAUUACAGGACCACAGCCGGUUGACAGCAUUAAGCGUCGCGAGAUGGAAUCGUACAAGAUACAAACGCUGCAGAAGAUGCUGGAGCAGGAGAAGCUGAAUCUGGAGCGACUGAAGAGCGAUCAGAAUAAUCCCAGCUACAAGCUGUCGGAGGCAAAUAUACGCAAGCUGCGUGAGCAGCUCCAUCAAGUGGGAGCCGAGGAUGCACCAACAAUUAAACUCCAAGCAGCCGCGAGCAACAAGAACACCGCAUUACUAACGCCCAAUCAAAUCCAACACUUGUCUGCGUCCGCCACUCACAACAAUCCGCAUCAGCAUCAGCAAUUCCAUCAUCUCCACAGCCACAACAACUAUCAGCAUCAGCAGCAACAGCCACUGCCACAGCAGCCCCUCGCACACCACUCCUCACCCGCAUUCCUAUCCCUACUGCCGCGUUCUCUCUCGUCCCUGUCGCUGGGCACACGCAAGAACCGCAUCGACAAGGACUUUGUUGCCUCCUCGCCGUUCAACAAUACAGCGGACUUUCUGCAGCACCAGCGGAUGCAGCAGCAGCAGCACCAGGCCGAAGCCAUGUCCCAGUCAAUGCACCAGCAGACAUCCACACCGACGAUGCAGCAGCAGCAGCAGCAGCCGUUCUUCCAUCCGCACCUGCAACAGCUACAGCAGCAACAGCUGCAGCAGCAGCAUCGCUUCAAGGAGACACCCAAGUCAACUGCCGGCUCGAAGAGCAAGAACAAGUUCCUCAUCUCCAAGAGCCUGAUCGAGGAGGAUGUGCCGCCACCUUUGCCGCAGCGCAACCCGCCCAGGCAGCUGAAUCUCGACCUGAAGAACGGCAAUGCAUCACCACAGAGCGGGCAUCUCACGGCGCCCGUCUCCGAUCUGGACAGAGCCACCAGUCCGCUGCUGAACAGAUCGCAGUUGGGCGGCAGCAACAGCAACGACAACAGUCCCAGCAGCAAUGCCAGCAAGUCUAAGCGCUCGAAGAUCAAGACCAAGGCACUGUCCGACCCAAAGAUGUCCACGCAAAUGUUUCUGCAAAUGGAGUCGGCGUGUGCCACGGGUGGAGCUGCCGGUGGGUCGCUCGAAGUGGAUGGUGGACCACCGCCAUUGCCACCGCGACUGCCGGGCAUGAUGUCGGAGGAUAUGAGCCGUGGCAGCUGCCAGAAUCUGGCUCAGCCCAACUCCCUAAACAGCGCGUUCAACUACCCGCUGGUGUCCACGUGCACGGCCGUGCAGAGCGACAACCUGAAGGCGGCCUUUCCGCUCUCCCAGCGGCCGAAUAUUGUGCAGCAACUGCAGCAGCAUCAGCAGCAGCAGCAGUUAAGCAGUGGCCAGGCCACAGCCGCUCUGGGACAGACACCGAAUUUGGGCAAGAAGAAGCAUCGACGCGUUGGCUCCUCACCGGACAACAUGCAUCCACGGCAUCCAGAUCGCCUAACGAAAACCACUUCCGGCUCGUGGGAGAUUGUGGAGAAGGAUGGAGAAGUGACACCGCCAGGCACACCGCCGCCACCGUAUUUGACCAGCUCGCAGAUGACAUUGCCCGAGGAUCCGAACGAACAGUGCAGGGGAGCUGCGGGAAGUGGCGGUGCAGGAAUAUUCAUUGAAUCGCAUCACUAUACGCCAAUGGCAGGCGCUUCGUCACCGAUACCGACGUCCCUACAUUCCAGCCAUUCGAUACAGGCCGCACAGUCGAACGACACGCAGAAGGAGAUCAUCUCCAUGGAGGAUGAGAACUCGUCCGACCAGGAGGGACCCUUCAUUGACGAGAACGGACCGUUCAACAAUCUCACGCGGCUGCUCGAGGCGGAGAAUGUCACCUUUCUGGCGGUGUUCCUCAACUAUGUGCUGUCGAACUCGGAGCCGGCGCCGCUGCUGUUCUACCUGAUAACGGAGCUCUACAAGGAGGGCACCUCGAAGGAUAUGCGCAAGUGGGCGUACGAGAUACACUCGACAUUCCUUGUGCCGCGCGCACCGCUCUCGUGGUACCGCCAGGACGAGUCGCUGGCCCGGGAAGUGGACAAUGUGCUGCAGCUGGAGUUUGACAAGGUGGAGAUCCUACGCACAGUCUUCCUGCGCAGCCGCAAGCGUGCGAAAGAUCUGAUCAGCGAGCAGCUGCGAGAGUUUCAACAAAAGCGCACCGCCGGCCUGGGCACCAUCUACGGUCCGACGGAUGAGAAGCUGGCCGAGGCGAAGACCGACAAGCAGCGAGAGCAAAUCAUUGACAAGUAUUUAAUGCCCAAUCUUCAGUUGUUAACCAGCGAGGACUUUGAGAAGGAUUCUCCCACAGAGGAUGUGCGCAAGCUGGCUCUCUGUUCGGCUCUAUCAACGGUCAUCUAUCGCAUUUUCAAUACACGUCCCCAUCCGAAUAGUAUUGUGGAGCGUGUGCAUCACUUUGUCAGCAGGGACAAGAGCUUCAAGUCACGCAUAAUGGGUAAAAAUCGAAAGAUGAAUGUUCGUGGUCAUGCAUUGAUAUUGCGUCAAUACUAUGAAGUGACUCACUGCAAUCAUUGUCAAACAAUUAUCUGGGGCGUCAGUCCCCAAGGAUAUCAUUGUACAGACUGCAAACUGAACAUACAUCGUCAGUGUUCGAAAGUGCUGGAGGAAAGCUGUCCCGGCCCAUUGCCGCAGGCCAAGCGUGUUGCCCAUAAUGAUAAGAUUAGUAAAUUUAUGGGCAAGAUUCGGCCACGUACCAGCGAUGUAGUUGGAAAUGAAAAACGCAGUCGGCAGGACGAAGACUUGGACAUUGACAUGACGCCAGAGCGCGGUCAGUCGUCGAUUGUGCGACAGCCUUCGGAUCGUCGACCGGAUGCGAAUAUAUCGAUGCGUUCGAAUGGGAAUGCCUCCUGCAACACCUCGGCACUGAACAGCACUGAUCUGCAGAGUUCGUUUCAUGGCAGCAGCGCCAAUGAUAGUAUUAACCCAAGCGGCGCAAGCUGCCCCAUGGAUCUGUCCACGAGCGUGGCAUCGACGGCUCCAUCGAGCAGUGGCUCUGUCUCUGCCGGACUGAGUGCCUUUGCCGAGCUGAAUGCCCCAGAUGCAGUGGAUAAGGAUGCGCGUAGGGAACGUUACACCCAAAAUCCGCAGCACAAGAGCGCGCCAGUGUCCGUGAAUCGCUCGGAGUCGUAUAAGGAGCGCCUGUCCAACAAAAGGAACCGCAACAGUCGCCGCAAGACCUCUGAUCCAAGUUUAUCGUCACGUCCCAACGAUGAACAACUGGAUUUGGGUCUUUCGAAUGCCAACUAUGUGGCCAGUUCGAAUUCUAGUCUCUCUUCAGCUGGCAACUCUGAAAGUCCCAGCACAUCGAUGGAACACUUUGCUGCCAGUGCUGGUGCAGCAGGUGGUGGGCCCGCCAGUGUGGGACAAGGACAAGGAGCACCUGUCAUGUCAAGAGAAUUGAGCCUGAAUCAGCAUCCAUAUUUACUCAGACAACAGCAUGCGCAGCAGCACUGUCAGCAGGACUCGUUUCAGGCCAGCGUAGCGCCUGGUGGUGGCAGCAUUCCGUCCAGCAAUUCGAGCUUUUGGAAUUCGGGCCACCCAUUGCCACGGCAGUGGAACCUCGAGAGCGAUGACGAGGAGGAUCUCAAUGAGGCCGAUUGGAGUUCAAUGGUGGCAGCCGAGAUGCUGGCAGCACUCACCGAUGCCGAAAAGAAGCGUCAAGAAAUUAUCAAUGAAAUUUAUCAAACGGAACGCAAUCAUGUGCGCACACUCAAGCUGCUCGAUCGCCUGUUCUUCCUGCCGCUCCAUGAGAGUGGAAUGCUUUCGCAGGAUCAUCUGUUGCUGCUCUUCCCACCGGCGCUGCUGUCGCUGCGCGAGAUACACGGCGCCUUUGAGCAGCAGCUGAAGCAGCGACGUAUCGAGCACAAUCACGUGGUGAAUCACAUUGGAGACCUGCUAGCGGACAUGUUCGUUGGCCAGUCCGGGGAUGUGCUGUGCGAGUAUGCGGCACAGUUUUGUGCGCGGCAGCAAAUCGCCCUGGAGGGGCUCAAGGAGAAGCGCAACAAGGACGAGCAGUUGCAGAAGUUCCUGCGAAAGUCCGAGUCGCACAAGGCCUGUCGUCGGCUGGAGCUGAAGGACUUGCUGCCGACUGUACUGCAGCGUCUGACCAAGUAUCCAUUGCUGUUUGAGAAUCUGCACAAGGUCACGGUUCGGGUAUUGCCCGAGAAUACCGACGAAGCGGAGGCCAUACAGCGUGCCGUUGAAUCCUCAAAGAGGAUACUCGUUGAAGUGAAUCAGGCCGUAAAGACAGCCGAGGAUGCUCACAAAUUACAAAACAUUCAGCGCAAAUUAGACAGAUCCUCCUAUGACAAGGAGGAGUUUAAGAAACUGGACUUGACGCAACAUCGCCUCAUCCACGACGGCAAUCUGACAAUGAAGAAGAACCCCAGCACACAGCUGCACGGCUUGCUCUUUGAAAACAUGAUCGUGUUGCUCACCAAACAGGAUGACAAAUAUUCGCUUAAGAAUCUGCACACACCUUUGGUGGUCAACAACAAGCCGGUUAGCCCCAUCAUGAGCAUUGAUGCGGAGACGCUGGUGCGCCAGGAGGCGGCCGACAAGAACUCCUUUUUCCUCAUCAAAACAAAGACAUCACAAAUGCUGGAACUGCGCGCGCCCAGCAGUUCCGAGUGCAAGACUUGGUUCAAGCACAUUUCGGAUGCGGCAGCACAGCACUCGAAGCAUCGACCGAAGAACGCAGCCAAUAGCCAUGACACGAGCAUCGGCAGUGAUCCGGCAGUCGCCAGCAUACCGCAUUCCAGCACCAAGGAGUCGCUGGAGCUGGCUGCCGAGUGCCCGCAGCCAAUGGCCGCCAUUGCGACUGUGACAACGACACCUUUGGCGCCAUUGCUGCCAAUAGCCACAGUCACGCCCGCACCAGCAACAAGCAGCAGCGGCACAGCUGGCGUACAGCUGCGGAAUGCUCAACGGGAGUCCAGCGACGGCGACUAUGUCAAUACGCCCAAACAGCAGCAGCAGCAGCGUCUUAGCCAGAAUGAAGUCAGCCGCUCCAUGUCGAUACGCAGCAGUGGCGAUGGUGCUGGCAAUGGUGGAUCAACCGACCAGAACGACGUCACUCUGCGCCACUCACAGUCUGUGAGGGAGACAGCCAGGCAGGCGGAGUCGGCCGGCGAGGAGCGCAACUCGAGCUACGGGCUGGUGGGAGGCCACUCCAAGCGCGACAGCGCCAGCAUUGUCUGCUCGAACAACUCGAACAACACGCGAACAUUGCUGAUGCAGAGUCCGCUGGUGGAGCCGACGGCCAUACAGAUCAGCAUCAGUCCAGCACAUACCGCCGAGCCGGUGCUGACGUCCGGCGAGCGACUGCGACGCUUGGACGCCUCCAUCAGAGGCAAUUUGCUGGAGAAGCAAAAGAUCAUUUGUGAUAUCUUCCGUUUGCCAGUCGAGCACUUCAAUGAGAUUGUCGACAUUGCCAUGAUGCCGGAGGCACCCAAAGACAGUGCGGAUAUUGCAUUGGCCGCCUACGACCAGGUCCAGAUCCUCACCAAGAUGCUGAACGAGUAUAUGCACGUGACGCCGGAGCAGGAAGUGUCCGCCGUUUCGACUGUGGUCUGUGGCCACUGUCACGAGAAGGAGAAGCUGCGCAAAAAGACGACACUGGCUGCCACGCUGUCGUCUUCGUCUGCGUCACCACCUCCGCUGCCGCCACCGAAUAGACAACAUGCACAGGCGCAGGCACAAAUACCCAUGUCCAGGCUGAUGCCCAAACUGCAGACACUCGAUCUUGAGGAUGUGGCCAUACACGAGGAUGAUGACGGUUACUGUGAGAUUGAUGAACUGCGUCUGCCAGUAGUGCCCGCCAGGCCACUGAACGCACCCACAACGCCAUUGGCUCCAUUCAGAGCAGCUCCACCAGCGCCAGCACCAGCCACAGUCGCAGUCGCAGUCACAACUGAGAGCAGCAACAAGCGACAGAGCAGCCAAAGCACGGAUGGUGGUACGGAGGAGAAACAACAAACAGAUGCAGAGGCCAAGAAGGACACUGACAGUCCUGCGGCAGCUAGCGACACGGAGCCAGCACUGGAGGAUAAGCCACAAAAUACACAAGAACAAACGGAACAGCAGGCAACAGCAACCACGGAAAAGGCAGAGAAAACUGAGCAAAAGCUUGAUGUCCCAGUCCCUUCCACAUCUGUAGAUUCAAGUCAAAGCAGCGAGGAAACAGCAGCAGCAGCAGUGCCAGACAAGGAGCCGCCAGCCAGCGAGGAGCAAUCUCUGCAGCAUGUGACGGUUUCUAUGGUCGACAGCUCGACCCAGACCAGCGACACACCAACUGAAGCAGCUCCAGCUGCGUCUGCUGGUUCCUGUGGGCCGAAUCGCAUACAGCAUGCCAGUGUGCUGGAGCCCAGCGUGCCCUGCCAUGCACUCAGCAGCAUUGUGACAGUACUAAAUGAGCAAAUCUCCAUGCUAUUGCCAAAAAUUAAUGAGCGCGACGUGGAGCGGGAGCGUUUGCGCAAGGAGAAUCAACACCUGCGCGAGCUUCUGAGUGCGUUGCAUGAACGCCAGCGAGUUGAUGAUGUUAAGGAAACUCCUUUUGAUAUUUCAAAGCUGAUGCGUGCUGAGGAAGUGGAGUUUGAUGAUGACAUUGAUGGCAUGUCCAAUAGUUCGCUGACGCCGACACCCACACCAAUACCGACAGCCAUCAGCAGCAGUCUCAGUGGCAGUGGCAGCAGCAGCCAAACACUGACAGCGGAGGCCACGCAGCUGCAUGCAGCCGAUGCGCAUGAGGAUGAGGAAUAGGAAGCUUGUUCAGUUUUUUUUUGUUGUAUAAAAUACAUAAAUAUAUUUGUUCUUGUUUUGCCCACAGCCUACCCAAUUGAAUUGGGCGGCGUUGAAUGUUUUACGAGCAUGCCUUUUACUACUGUUAAUAUUUGUAGCUCCAUUUUGUUUUCUUAAAUAUUCUACUCUACUUUAUAUUCCAGCAGAUUCAACGUAACACACACUUCGAGUUAAGCCUAACAAAUUGUCCUCCUAAAACUAAUUAAACACAUAAACAUAUACAUACUAUAUAUUAUAUACCAUAUACAUAUAUAUAUAUAUGCAUAUAUUUACCUACUUAAAUAAUAUGAUGAUGAUAUUUGCUAAAUACACAAUGUUUGAUACAUUUAUAAAGAACAAUCAA